UGCUGCCGGAUGGCUGCAGCUGAUCUGCUUUCAGGAGGGGCAGCGAGAAGGAACAGCACCGAUUUAUUCCUUUAGACCGAGCCUGAGCUCACCCGCCGUUUGUGCAACGUACUGCAACGUGCUCAACCCCUCCUUUGCUCGGCGGCGCUGGCUGGCGUACCUGCCCGUCCCCAAACGUCACCGGGCUCCGGUUAUAAAGCGCAGGCGACAGAGCAUCUCCCUGGCUCUGUCUCUCGGAGAGGCGCAUCUUUGAGAAGCCAGCUGCACGCGGGUGGAAAGAUGUUUUAUUCGGGUAUCCUGACAGAGCCGAGUAGAAAAGAAGUGGAGAUCAGGGAAGCAGCAUCUCUCCGCCAGCAGAGGAGGAUGAAGCAGGCGGUUCAGUUUAUUCACAAGGACUCUGCGGAUCUCCUCCCUCUGGAUGGGCUGAAGAAGCUGGGGACUUCGAAAGAUACCCAACCACAUAAUAUCCUGCAGAAGCGCCUGAUGGAGACAAAUCUAUCAAAAUUACGAAGCAGCCGAGGCAGCUGGACCCUGAAGAAUGAUACCUCAGCGCAGACAAACAAGCUGAAUCAAACCAAACCAGACGGCUCAGGGAAAAUGGAGGACGAAGAGCUCAUAGUGGUGAGCUGCCAGUGUGCGGGGAAGGAGCUGAAGGCUGUGGUGGACACCGGCUCGCAGCACAACCUCAUAUCAUCUGCCUGCCUGGACAGGCUAGGGUUAAAGGAGCAUCUCAAAGCGCUCCCUGGAGAAGAUGAAACGGUUUCAUCUCUGUGCAAGGCGAGGGCGAUCGGGCAGAUCGAGUGCCUCACGCUGACGGUGGGAGCGGUCCCCGUGGAGUGCGCUGCUCUUGUCGUGGAAGACAAUGAGAAACCCUUCUCCUUCGGGCUGCAGACGCUGAAAUCCCUGAAGUGUGUCAUAAACAUGGAGAAGCAUCAUCUCAUUCUGGGGAAGACGGACAGGGAAGAAAUCCCCUUUGCGGGCAGCAGCAGUGCCGCGGCGGGAGAGCACAGUUCAGAGGCAUAAAGAGAUGCUGAAACGCCGUCCCCACACAAGAGCUUGACAUCAAAGAAAUCCUGUGCAGCUGUCCCAGAUGAAACAGCAGUGUGCUGCUUUGAAAACAUUUAUACUAGGCUACAGCUUGAGUGCAGCUAAAUGAAAUCCCAUUCAGUAGCCAGUAAUUUAGAGAUAUUGUCCUGUUUAUCUAUGGGUUUUGAGAACAACUGUGUGCUUAUUUUCUGGAUUUUUCUAUAUAGUGUGCUCUUUAUUAACAAACAGUUGGGAAAACCAUAUGAAUUUCUUCUGAUGAGAAAAAUACUUUUUAUAGUGGCCUCGUAUGAGUAAUUGUAUUUAGUUGUGAUUUGAGGCUAUCAGAAUUAAAUUUUUAUUAAUGAUUUUUUCCAGGGGCUAAGCAUUUAUAUUCACUUAAGUGAUAUUGCCACAUUCAAAUGGCCAUUACCAGGAAGCUACUCAGAGUAAAAUAACAAUGCUGAUACCACCUAGGAAUUAUGGCUCAUCCUGUUAGCAUAGUAUUGUUGCCAUGUAAUUAGGGAUGCAACUGCUGGCUUGAUGAGAAAGAGCAAUUACAGAAUUAUUAAUGGGUUAUAGGCUUCUCUGCGGUGGCGUGGCAGAAGCACAGGGUGGUUGGGAGGGCUCCCGGGGUGAUCCCCCACAGCCCCCAGCCUGCCAUGGGGUUGGCGCUGGCACAGGGGCAGCCCAUCAUGGUGCUGCCUCACUGGGGCUUAACCCGCGCCCCCCCCCCCCCCCCGAGGAGGGGUCCUCCAGGCAGGUCUCAGCUACCUUCCUAGUGGGAGCAGUCAGGAAAAUUAAUCACCCUAUGGAGCCAAAAAGCAACAAACAAGCACAAAAGUAUGUUAUCUGGAGAGCAGCAGAGACCCUUAUCUGUAUAUCAGGAACCAAACGGCCCCAGUGCACCCUCGGCUCUCCCCUGUGCCAGGACCAGUGCCUCGCCUGCCCACCGCCCAGCACCCAGCCCGAAGCACCAGCAGCACCUGGGCUAUGUGCUGGCGCAGCUUACCGACUCCACUUGGACUUCAGUGUUGCUGCCAGACGUGCCAUGUUUUUUAUAUCUAUUUACAAAUCACCUGGGAUCUUCAGUACAACACUAACCUUGAUCACCGUCAGGGCAGGUGGGAGUUUUUGCCAGGACAAACGUUUCGCUGGGUUUACUGUCCCGUAGCAGCAGGGUUGCUCCUUCACAUGCUGCUCACUUGCAGACCAGAACAAAUGUACGGUAUUGCUCGGGGGAGCCUGGCCUCAUACGAAAGCAGCUUUCUAGAUUCUUAAAAGUGAAUGGGAAUUAAUUACUGUCAUCUGCUGAAGAGGCAACUUUAAAAUUCAGAAUAAUAUCCUCGUGAUGCUGUGCAUCUGCCAAUGGCCAGUCUGGCUGCAGCUGGAUCCGCAAGGGCCAGCAGGAUGCCGCAGGCGUGGGAACGGUGCUCCGGCAGCUCUUACUUGGCGCAAGCCCCUUGGCCCCAGGCAGGCGCAGGCUGCAGCACAGCUCAGCCAGGGUCUCCAACGGGAUCUGAGCACUGCUUAUGUGCUUCAGCCUCCCCACGGGAUUUAUUGUGCUGCUCACCCAGGCAGCCCGUGGCGCAGAGCAUCAGCCACAGGCACUGACACUCUCUCUGGCAUUUCCACUUAGGAAAUAUCUUGGCAGUCCUGGGCAAGGACCAGUAACUCUUGUCACCUCUUAGCCAUCAGCUCAGGUCCAGAGCGUGUCCUGCGAGCCAGGCUCCUGCCAGCUUCAGCCAGUCUGUGCCCAGUAACGCCAUCUCAUGCCUGCCACGGCAUCUGGGCUGGACCUUCAUCUUCUGCAGUGGGUUUGAACCCCUUUUCAGUAUCAGGUAUGACUAGCAAAUCUGAACUACCCGUAUUUUGAUCUAUUUUCUAUUUUGGUGAUAAGUUUCAGUGUUUUCUUUACAUACAGGAUUUUAUAUAAUACAGCUAUAUAUAUAUAUCUAAGUUUACAGGGUUGGGCUGCCCAGGACAGUCCCACUGAUGUGUUGUGGAAAUAUUUAAAUAUUUCACUAAAUAUGAACAUAUUUGAUUAUUUUAUAUGCUAUGAGUUUGGUAUUUUGGUACUUCUUUCUUUCUGUGCUUAUCACUGUGCUAAAUGUCAAAUUACAGCUAAAUAAAGUUACAUUG